CUCUAUACUUUAGAGGAGGUAGCUAUAGCUAAAGCCUUGCACAACCUCCAUUUUCCUCUUCAAUUAAAACGCACCCUAUUCAUCCCUCAUAGCAUCGAAUUUGUUCUUGAAGUUCUUGGUAUUCUUCCUAGCUUCUUCUCAUCUUAGAGAAAGAGUGAGAGAUGGAACGAAUGUUCCCUCCUAAGAAGCCUUCAACUAUGAAUUCCCAUGACAGGUCCAUGUGUGUGCAAGGGGACUCAGGGCUUGUCCUCACCACUGACCCAAAGCCACGCCUCCGUUGGACUGUUGAACUACAUGAACGCUUUGUUGAUGCUGUUGCUCAGCUUGGAGGACCUGAUAAGGCCACUCCUAAAACAAUCAUGAGGGUUAUGGGAGUGAAGGGUCUCACCCUUUACCACCUUAAGAGCCACCUUCAGAAAUUCAGGCUUGGAAAGCAGCCCCACAAGGAUUUCAAUGACCACUCGAUUAAGGAUGGCAUGAGAGCUUCGGCUUUAGAACUUCAAAGAAAUAUCGGCUCCUCUUCUGCCAUGAUUGGCCGCAACAUGAACGAGAUGCAAAUGGAGGUGCAGAGAAGAUUGCAUGAACAACUAGAGGUUCAAAAGAACCUUCAGCUGAGGAUUGAGGCUCAAGGAAAAUACAUGCAGAGUAUAUUGGAGAAGGCUUAUCACACACUAGCAGGAGAAAACAUGGCCACAAACAUGAAGGGUAUGGGAGCUCCUCUAGGCACCACUGAAAUGGGGGUCAUGAAGGAAUUUGGUUCUCUCAAUUACCCUUCUUUUCAAGAUCUUAACAUUUAUGCCAGUGGUGACCAACAACUUGAUGGCUUUAUGCCAUCUAAUAAUAACAAUGAAACUUUGUUUGUGGGUAAGAAGAGGCCUAAUUGCCCCUAUAGUGGUAGUGGAAAGAGUCCACUGAUUUGGAGUGAUGAUCUCAGGCUUCAAGAUUUGGGAACAGCUUCAUCAUGCAUUAGUCCUCAAGAUGACCCUUUCAAAGGUGAUCAUAAGGUUCAGAUUUCACCACCAUCAAUGGAUAGUGAUCCCAUAUCGGAGAUUUAUGACACAAAACCAAUGAUACUCCAUGGAGAAAGUGUAAGUGAUCAGAACAAAUUUGAUGCAUCUAUGAAGGUAGAAAGGCCUUCUCCAAAAAGAUCACCACUUCAACCAGAUAGGACUAGUCCUAUGAUCAAUUCUAGUUCUGUGGCACAAGGUAGAAGCUCCCCAUUUGGUUGAGAAAUAUAAUUAAUUUUCGCAAUUAUCUAAUUGACUAAUUGUAUGAGACAUAGAGUUUUGAAUUGGUGUUAGAGUUCUAAGGUUAUUUCCUCCCAAGUGCUAUUAUUUAUAAUAUAAAAGGCCUUUGCAUGGCAAAUAAAAGGCUCAUUCUAAUGCUCUAAUAUAUAUUGAAGAACGUUAUUAUAUUGUACUUGAACAUGAGCCCUCUCAUAUGUUCUUA